AUGGUGUCUGGGAAGCAGCAUCGCAAACCCACGCGCCGCAAACCUCCAGUCUUGACCUGGCGAGUCGGCACAGCCCCGUCGAAACAGUCAAAGAUUCCGAAGGCUCGAGACGGCGACCACAACGAAGUCCAGCAAGAAACCGCGAAUUUCCAAAGAGAUCCUCGAAGCGCAACCCAUGAUGCAGAACUGGCACUCCAGCGACUCCUUCACCCCGGUAUCCGCGAAAUCGCAACAUCGCUAGACCCAUUUUGCGAGCUACCCUGUCACCUUACACCAGAAGACCGUUCGUUACUACACUGCUGUGAGUCGCAGGGCGCAAGUGGCGGCACAUCUGAUGUACUGACGGCGACAGAUCUUCUCCAGGUCCCAGCCCGAGUAUACGGAACACGAACCGACACGGUAUUCAGCGCGGUGCGCGAUGUCAGUUUUCCGAUCUCGCUUGGCUCCAGCCUGACGAUGUGGUGGAUGCUCAUUGCGGCGGAUGGAAUCUUCGCGAAUAACGGCGAUAACAAUCAAGUAGCUUGGCGCAAACGUCAAGCGUAUCGCCUCUUGAAUGGACAGAUACAAGAUGGCAGAGGGAGGGUCGACGAUCCAACCCUGGGAGGUAUUAUUAUGGCGGCGAUCACCGAAGCACGUUUAUCCGCUGCUACCGCAUGCCACGCCCAUUUGAACGGAUACGAGGCAGCCGUUCGGGCUAGAGGAGGGCUGAGAGCAAGUCUUAUAACGUCCAUACUUCCCGCGCUGCGAAUGGCUCAUAUUAUGCCGUAUUUGGUCUGUGAUCCGUCGCCAAACGGUGGUUCGAGCGAUGCGCAGCAAAUACAGGAGUUCAUGUCAUUCAUCGCGACGAAAAUGCGCCACAGAGGCUUCUCGCCGUUCUCGGACGUCGUACUCGCGGAAGUCGACCUAUUCCGGCUGAAUUUGAUGGUGCCAGGGUUACUUGUGAGGAAGUUCGGCUCUUAUCUGAGCCCGAAUGAGCGUGAACUAGCACGCUUCAUGGAUGAAGCUGCCUCAUUCCUUGCCCUAUUUCUGAUAGUUCUAACCCUCUGGCGCACCAGCGAAUCUAUCUACAAUGCCCAGCUUUUCGUCUCGCGGAUGGCAGUAAUAUUCGACGCUAGCACGGCCUUUGAUCCGCAUACUGGGCAUCCCCUGCUUACGCAACAAGGCUUUCUGUGGAUUGUUAUCAAAGCCGUCACGGACUUGCUGGAGAUGCUAUAUGGGUUGAAUGUGGAGAACGAAAUAUGGCCUAUUAUGCAGGCUGUCGAAGCGCUCAAAGCUUUUCGAUCGAUGACCUCCCACGGCGCGCGCUUGCAGGCUAGGCUUUUGCUGUUUUCUUUGCUCUCCGGGCAGAAUGACAUGAUGCUCGACCCUGGCCAGGACGAGCCAUGA